AUGGCCGCUCUACCACCGGUCAGAGUUACCCCCGCUCGACCAUUCUCCAAGUGCGGGGUUGACUACGCCGGGCCGCUCUCCAUGUGCCGCAACAAAGGGAAAGGCGCUGCCACGUUGAAAGGUUACGUUGCGCUAUUUGUGUGCCUCUGCACAAAGGCAGUGCACCUGGAGCUCGUCAGCGACCUCACCACAGCCAGUUUUCUAGGAGCCUUUACUUGGUUUGUCGGGAGGCGUGGGAGACCAUCUGAAGUUUGGAGCGACAAUGGCACCAACUUUCGAGGAGCUGCAUUGGAGCUGAGACGUCUGCUCCGAGAAGCCGAAAUCGACUGGGGCGUCGUCGAGGGCGAACUCGCCAAGGACGGAACUUCGUGGAAAUUCAUUCCGCCCUCGGCAUCGCACUUCGGGGGCCUGUGGGAGGCCGGCGUCAAGUCGAUGAAGAGACACUUGAUGCGGGUGGCCUCUCCUCGCCGCCUCACUUACGAGGAGCUCACCACUCUUCUAGUUUCCAUCGAAGCUACUCUGAAUAGCCGCCCGCUCGUUCCAUCUGCUGGUGACCUCGAUGACAUCGAGGCCCUCACUCCUAGUCACUUCCUAAUCGGGACUUCAGCCACCUCUUAUCCUCAGACUAGCAGUACCGGCCAACCCCUAGAUAGAGCUAGUCAUUGGGAGCUCGUCCAGGCCAUGAGGAGCCACUUCUAG